AUGGCUGUCUACUUCGCCAACAAGAUCCCCCGACAGCCCGGCGCGUGCACCGCGACGUCGUGGUCCGGACAUGCCGCCACCUCCGCGCGCGCGCCCGCGAUGUGCGCGGUGGCGUACUCGUCCGGCUCCGUGGGAGUGUACACCGAGGAGGGUGACGACGUCACCGCGUCGCGCCCGGUUCGAUCCGACGUCCCGGGCGUGUAUCCCUGCGCGCUCGCCUGGCACCCCUCAUCGCCCCUGCUCGCCAUCGGAUGGACCGACGGGAAGGUCGCGACGUGGUCCGGCACCGAACUCCGCGUCGUUGGGGAGGAAACGUCGACGCACGCGGGACGAUCCAUCACGUGCAUCGCGUGGUCCCCCACCGGUCACCGCGUCGUCACCGGCGACGACGCGGGCAAGACGCAGGUGUGGACCGUCGACGAGAAGCUCCGACCGAAACCGACGGGAUUCCGAUGCGCGAAACCCGCGCCGGGCGCGAGGACUUCGCACGUUCUCAUCCCGAACGACACAGCCGUGGAUGAGGACACGGGCGCCGAACCCGAGCGUCCGUUCGUCUUCUACUACGCCGUCAACGAGGGCCUCGCCGACUCCGGCUACGUCUGCGUCGGGAUGGACACGGCCGGCGACGAUCGCGGGGCUGGCGAGUCGAAAGCCGAGUCGAAAGGGUCGAAAGCCGAGUCGAAAGCGACCGCCAGGGGCGGCCCAGAGGGGACUCAAUCAAAGUGGACCGUCGUCAGCAGCACGAAGCUGCCCACGGAGGGCGACGCGGAGCUUGCGUGGACGGAACCGGGGGUGCUCGCGGUGGUCAACGACAGGGACCCGUCGUGCGCCGUGCGAAUGUUCGACCUGAACAAUGGCGAUAACUACGUCCUGGUGCCCCCCGCGAGGCGCAAGUCCCAGGGGCUGCCCAAAGGGAGCGACGGGAGGGACACAGCUGGCGGUGAUCCAACGGGCAGGCGACUGUCGUGUCUGUGCUACGACGCCGACGCGAAGACGCUGGCGUGCGGGCAACGCGACGGCCGCGUCGUCAUGUUCCGCCGCACCCCGCCCCACGACUCGGCGCCGGAAGACGCGUGGCGAGUGUGCGCGAGCCUCGACGCCGGCGGAACGCUCGAGCGCGUGCACUUCGCGAGCGGGCGCGGCGCCAGGUUGCUCGUCGCGGUGUGCCGCGACGGCGCGAGGCUGUGCGUGCGGGUCAAGCUGAACGAUAAGACCCGAGGCGGGAUUUCCGUGGUUCAAGUCGCAGCCGAUUCGGUUGUGGUGGAAGCCACCGACGGAUCCAGGGCGCCCGCGCGUUUAAACACCACCGAACGGGGCAUGCAGAUCCUCGGCGCGGACGCCACGUCGCGUCACCUGCUGGUGUGGAACUCGGCUCGCGCGGAGGUGCACGAGGCUCGCGGGUCCGGCUUUGCGCGGACGUCGGCCCAGGCGAUGGCGAUCCACGGCGAGCGGAUCUAUCGCGCGUGCCCCGGGCGCGCGGUCGUGGAGGUGACCGACCUGGGGGGCGACGUCGUCGAUGCGCUGGCGUACGAGGAGGCGCAGGGCGCGGCGGAGUUUGUGGAUUGCAACGGGGAUUUUUUGUGCGCGUCGACGGCUUCGGGGCAUCUUCGGUUUUGGCCGCACGCGCCCGGGUCGGGUCCCGACGGCGACGACGGAGACAUUCCGGAAUUUUCCGGGCGACUUCCGUUUGCCAUCGACUCGGUCCGCGUCAACUGCGACGGGACCAAGGCUUCGGUGCUGUUCGCCCACCGCGGGCACCACUCGGUGCUUUCCACGCUCGCGGUGUACGACGUGGACACCGACGGGUAUCGAACCUUCGACUUUGCCAUCACCGGGAGGGCGCCCGAGUCGCACGCGUGGGACGCGGCGGCGCCGAACGUCCUCGCCGCGCAAACCGCGUUUGACGAAAACUUUUUCGCCGACGAAGAGACGAUAUACGAAACCGCCAAAGACGAUGACUCCAAAAACGAAGACGACUCGGGUGACUUAGGGAUAAACCCUAACCCGGGUUUGCUUCCCCAGGAGGCGCAUCCCGUUCCCGACGGAUUCGAAUCGCUCCUCGGGCUGCAUGCGCCCUCGCUGUUCGUGUGCAACAAAGCCGCGGCGCAAGGCGGCGGCGGCGCGUGCUUCGCGGUGACGAUGCGGGAUUUCGUCGGGAUGGAACACCUCGACGCCCACGCCAAGGCGGCACUGCUGACGUUCAACUACGACCUCGCCGUGGGCGACGUUGACAGGGCCAGGGCUAUGGUCAAGGCGACGACGGAGCCGUCGGUUUGGGAGGCCAUGGCGCACAUGUGCAUCAAGAACAAGCGGCUGGACGUCGCGGAGACGUGCCUCGCGAACCUCGGGCACGUCAGGGGCGGAAGGGCGGUUCGCGACGGCGCCAACGAACCCGAGCUCGACGCGAGAGUCGGGAAUGUCGCGGUGCACCUCGGCUUGGUCGACGACGCUAUAGCACUGUACGAGCAGUGCCAUCGACACGACUUGCUCAACAGGCUGUACCAGGCGAUGGGUCGGUGGGACGACGCCAUAAGGACCGCAACCAAUAAGGACCGCAUCAACCUGAAAUCCACGCACUACGCCCACGGACGGCAUCUGGAAAGCGUCGGAGACGUGCCCGGAGCGAUUCGCGCGUACGAAAAGAGCGGAUGCGCCGACGUCGACGUGCCGCGCAUGCUCCACGGGCGGGGCAUGACGGACACCCUGGAGCGCUACGUCAUCAACGCCGGGUCCAACGAGCUCACCAGGUGGUGGGCUCGAUACUGCGAGAGUUCAGGGGACUACGAGAAGGCUCUGCACGGAUACCAAGCCGCCGGGGAUUACCUCAGCUUGGUCAGGACCUACUGCGCGCAGGGCGACCUGGAGAUCGCGGCGCAGCUCGUGGAGGAGAGCGGCGACCCCGCCGCGGCGUUUCACUUGGCGAGGACGUUUGAGGCGAUGGACGAGUACGCUGACGCCAUUCGGUUCUUCGGCGCCGCGGGGAGGCACGGCCACGCGGCUCGACUGGCGCGUCGGUGCGGCAUGGACAACGAGCUCAUGCACCUGGCGCUGCAAUCGCCGCCGGAGAUGAUGCUCGACAGCGCCAGGUACCUCGAGGAACGCGGCGAGUUCGAAAAGGCGACGACGCUGUACCACAAGGCGGGAAACGCGGGCAAGGCGCUGGAGCUGUGCUUCGCGCACGAUCUCUUCGACCUACUCGCCGGGAUCGUCGCCGCCGUCGCCGACGAUACAGACGCGGACCCAAAGCUCGUGGCCAAGUGCGCUUCGUACUUUCUGGACAACGGUCGGUACGGCGACGCGGCGAGGUUGCUCGUCAAGGGCGGAGACGUAGCGCGGGGUUUGGAGCUCAUCGUGGAGCACGACGUGAAGAUCGACGAGGCACUCGCCGAGGCGUUGACUCCCCCCAAGAGCGCGGACCCCAAAGAAGACGGGGGAAUCUCCGAGGAGGCCAGGAAAGCGACGCUGAUGAAAAUCGCCGCCGUGUGCAAGAACCAGGGUUCGUACCACCUCGCGUGCAAAAAGUACACGCAGGCUGGGGACAAGAUGAAGGCGAUGAAGGCGCUGUUGAAGAGCGGGGACACCGAGAAGAUCUGCUUCUUCGCGGGCGUCUCCAGGCAGCGGGAGAUUUACGUCAUGAGCGCCAACUACCUGCAGACGCUGCGGUGGCACGGCGAUCCCGAGCUCACCAAGCACAUCGUCCAGUUCUACACCAAGGCGCGCGCCGUCGAGUCGCUGUCUGGUUUCUACGAAUCCGUCGCGCAGAUCGAGAUCGACGAGUACCGCGACUACGACAAGGCUGCCGACGCCCUGCGAGACGCCGCGAAGCACCUCGCCAAGUCCAAGGCGGACGGGCACGACGCGCUGAUGCGCUCGCUGGAGGCGAGGACGGAGCUGGUUGAGACGUUCGUGAGGGCUCGGACGCUCCUCGCCGCCGGAGACGUCGCCGAGGCGACACGGCUGUGCGAACAGAUGAUCGCGGACCCGAGGGCGCGGGACGAGAGCGAGGUGACCAUCCGCGUCGGCGACGUGUACGCGAUGCUGGUGGAGCACUGGUACCAGGCGAGGGAUCUCAAGAGGUGCCGAGGGCUGGUGGCGGAGAUGCGAGAAGCCGCGGGGCUCGCGGCGGAGCCCUACCUGGAGGCGACCAUGCUCGCCGAGAUCGACGGGGGGGCCACGGGGGCGAAAGGCGGGGAUCGAAAGGGUUUGGGUUCGAGGCGGGAGGACGGGUUCGAGGCGACGUCCCCGACGGAGGAGGAGGGGUACCUGCACGGCGCCGACGACGACGCCGACGGGGAGUUUUACAUGGACGAGGAGGUUCACUCAGACGACGACGGGGCAUAA